ACCCUUCUCCAGCAUCAGAACUUCAUAAAAUUUGGAUCCUCUACUUCCUCGACCUUCUUCUUCCUAUGCUCCCUCAUUUUAAUGCGCCACGUGGGUUGCCAUCAAUUUCGCAAAAAACGAAAAAAAGCCAUUGCCAAUGGACACUCUUUCAGGGUUUGCUUUCACUAUCAAUUGCAGCAGUUCUGCAUUUACAAGAUUCUCUCCCCUUCUUCCACCUCAAACACCCCUUUCCAGAAGAACCCCAACUGUCUUUGUUUUGAAAACAAGCUCUCGUUCGGGGGGUGAACUAGUAGAUGAGGAUGUUCUGCAGAUGUUCUUCAAGGAUAGAGAAAUAAAUGGAGAUUUUAUUUCCAAAGCUUCUGACAUGCUGUGGCAGAGAGAGGUUGCGAAAGUUGUUGAUGCUGAUGCCAGCGAACCUGCUGACACUACUCAGCAAGCAGAGCAGGUUAUUGGAAGUGAUGAUGAUGACGGUGGACUUUUGAAGCUGUCAAGAACUCAGGAAUGGUUAUUAGGUGACAAUUCUGCACCAAGGAAUAAGACAGUCAUUGCCAAGGUGUUGCGGGAUGACAGUGAAAAAAGGAAGAAACUGAGCCUUCUUAAAUAUGAAGCUCUCAAGAGGGAAUUGAUGCUUUUAUCAGUUGGAAUUGGAACCGCAUGCUGUGUCUAUUGUUUGAUAGUGUUAUCAGUUCAGGCUGCUGUUAGUUAUGCAGUAGGGGUUCUUUUCAGUUGCUUAUACCUCCAGCUCCUAUGUCAACAUGUGGACAACCUAUCAAAGGAAAUGGUUCCUCAGAUUUUCAUGCAAAAGAAAUCAAAAAAAAUAGGAAUAAGAAGUGAGGACUUGCAGGUCUUCUUUGAGACAGCAAUUAAGGGUAGUGGCAUUGCUCUUUCUUCUCCAAGACUAGUGAUCCCAGCUGCUGUAUAUGGAUUGUGGAUCAUGUCCCAUAAAUUUUUGGGCAAUGAUUUCUUUGAUUUACAGCUUGUGCCUGCAAUGCUUGGGAUGUUUGCCUACAAAGCAGCUGCUCUCGGUCAAGUAUACAGAGAUAAUGAAGACCUGCAGUUUGUCUUUCCAGAAAAUGAGUAUAGUUGGAAAUUCAGUCACCUUUUGUCCCAUUGGAAUACAUUGGGAUGAUUCCAACAAGAAAGCUGUCCAAACAGGAUUAGUGGAAUAAUGUGGUUACUACUUUCCUGGGCUGGCGCCGGCAGGAUUGUGGGGCAUACAUUAGCUUGCAAGUUUCAAUGACUAUGGAAUGCUAGCAAGACUGUAAGUUCAUUUGGCGGUAUUGAUGCUUUAUAUAUAUUUCUAAUUUCCAAGAAUGAUGCUCGAAAUCCAUGCAUUUUAGUAACAUGAUAAUUGCCAGUGAGAACCAUUCAUGAUCAUAUGAUGUUGAAUAAUCAAUUUAGAGGAAAAGUUCUUUUAGGAAUUCUGUUUAAAA